GGCGAGCGGCUAGCAUGGAGCUUGAGCCUCCACCUUUGGAGGAGCGGCGGCGGCUGCAAGAGGAGUUGAGCGAGUUCGUAGAGAGCUGCUGUCGGACUCUGGAGGAGGUGACGGCGUCCCUGGGAUGGAGCCUGGACCAGCUGGACCCUGGGGACGAGGCGGCGGCCGAGGAUGAAAUCACGAUAUGCCCUUAUGAUUCCAAUCAUCGUAUGCCUAAAUCAUCAUUAGCAAAGCACAUGGAAUCUUGCAGAUUGAGGAAGCUGGGCUAUGCCAAAGAGGAAGAGGAUGAAAUGUAUAAUCCUGCUUUUUUCUAUGAGAAUUUGAAGAUUCCUUCAGUUACUUUGAAUAAGGAUUCACAGUUCCAGAUAAUUAAGCAAGCUAGAACUGCAGCUGGGAACGAUGGCGAUUGUUACAGUCAAAGAAUGUAUUCUUCGGUGCCUGUUGAAGUUCCUCUGAAUCACAAACGAUCUGUGUGUGACCUCACCCAAGCAGAUCGCCUUGCCCUUUAUGAUUUUGUCCUUGAGGAGACAAAGAAAAAGCGCUCUGGUUCUCAAGUCAUUGAAAACGACAGCGAUCUGUUUGUAGACUUGGCUGCUAAAGUCAAUCAAGAUAAUAGCCGAAAAAGUCCAAAAUCUUACCUGGAAAUCCUGGCAGAAGUGAGAGAUUAUAAAAGAAGACGGCAGUCCUAUAGAGCCAAGAAUGUUCACAUAACCAAGAAGUCGUACACUGAGGUAAUUCGGGAUGUGAUAAAGGUACACAUGGAAGAGCUCAGCAACCACUGGCAAGAACAGGAACAAGCAGAAGAUGGUGCUGAAAAGAAUGAAGAAAGGCGGUCAGCUUCGGUAGACUCACGACAGUCUGGUGGAAGCUAUUUGGAUGCGGAAAAUUCACGACAUAGAAGGGCUCGGAGUAGGAGCCCACACAAACGAAAAAGAAAUAAGGAUAAAAAUUCCGAGUCAAGAAGAAGAAAAGAGAGGGAUGGAGGAAGACAUCAUAGUCAUAAAAGAAGAAAGCAAAAAAUAUAAACAGAAUGUGACUGCUUUUGGAAUACAUAUGCUGGUGUUUUAAUUAUAAUCUUUGCAUAGAAGAAAAUGGCUGUUAUGAUCAUAUACUCAGUAUUUUAAUAAAUGCUUCAAAACGUAAAUCAAAUAGUACCAUACAUGUUUGCAUUUUCCUUAGUAUUUUAAUAGAUUCUUAUUAUUUGUUUCAUUGUUUUUGUAAUAUAGUUAACAGUUUUCUUUUAACUACUCAGUACUUCAAAUAGGCAAAUUAUAUAUGAGAACAUUGUCCUUGUAGGAAGUUAAACUGAGGCUAGAGUCUACCCAGCAGUGACUACUAUUUGUUCUACACUGGAGAGUUGUAAUCUGUGAGAGCAAUCUGAUUAUCUUUCUGAAUGGGGAUGGCCUGGCUGAGUAAACCAUGGUGUAGUCAGUCAUAGGUUAAAGUAUUGUAUUAGCAGUAAAAGGAAUAACCUGGAUCUGUGUUCACAUGGAUAGAUAGGUCUUUAAAAUGUAAUCUAAGGGGGAAUUUUAAGUAGUAGGUAUAUUUAAGUCAGCAUUAGACCCAUGUGCAACUAAUACUAUGUGUUUCUUACGGAUGUAUAUGUAUAUGUUUGUAUUUUAAAGGUUUAUUUGAAGCCAUUCCAAAUUCCUAAUUAUAUGUGGGGAAGGAUGUAGGAGAAAUUGAGGUAGAUAACAAGAUUGGGAGGUUAGUCUAAGGAAACUUGAGCUUGUCGAUAAUAUAUAUUCAUAUUUUGUUUGAUAAUUAAAAGCUGCUAUCGUUU